AUGCAGCCAAGUAAUCCGAUCAACCUUAAAUUGAACAUCGCAAACCCAUCUGUCCGAAUUUUGUUGUCAUUGAUCGAUUCGACGCUGCAAGAGACCGUCCGAAAUGUGUGGAUUGGACUCAUUGGAGGGGCCCCUUGA